AGGUCAUAUGCAAAUGAGAUGCGAGUGACAUUUAGCGCGAAACCCAUAGCGUUCCUCUAUCAAAUAAAAUAAUAUGGGAUGUGGCGGAUCUACGAGCAGUGAUCAAGGCCAGAAUUCGGAUGAUGGCUUAAAGACGACUUAUUUCCAGCGCCAACCAAAAGUAAGCAUAAAAGCAGGGAAUGAAGUGCGGUUGUUGGAAGGCCAACCAAAAGUCAUUUUUGUGUUUGGUGGUCCAGGCACAAAGAAAGGCAAGAUUCUAGACAACUUGGCAAAUGUGUUUGAUAUGGAAAUAAUUAAUGUAGAAAACAUCAUCUUAGAAAAUCUUGCCAGAAAAGUUGAAGACCCAGAUCCAAAUAGAAUAGUGCCAAUGAUUCAGAGUUUGUUAAAGCAAGAAGAAAGUUUUUUGAGACUUGAUGCUGUGUUACGUAUGGUUAGCAGAGCACUUAAAGAGCAUGACAAGUCAAAGUUCUUUAUAGUAGAUCUGAUGCCAAACCUGAAAUGGAUGUUGAAUAAUCCCAUGUUCAUUAAAGAAUGUGCAGAAGAGUUCAGAGUUUUUGAGGAACAGUUCCCAAUUUCCUUUGCAAUACAUUUUGUUAUACCCAAAGAGAAAGUUAUAAACAAACUACAAGUAGAAUGUGCCAAACAUCCAACUACACAGAAAGAUCCCAAGAAACCUGAUGCUCCAAAACAGUCAGAUGAAGCAGAUUCAAGCAGAACACAGAAAAGAGUUAUUCUUUACCAGAACAGUAUUAAACAUUUCAUGGACUACUUUACAAGUAAAGACAAUAUAGUCACUGUAGAUGUUUCAUGUGGCUUACCUCAAGUUAUCUGGUCUAAAGUGUGUGAUUUCUUCUCACAGUUUGAUUUCCAGUCUACGAGUAUUCCAGAAUCUGUAGUCAUCUUUGGAUUUGAUCAGAAGGACUUGGAUGAGAUACAGAUAGGAAACUACAGUCUAACAGUGAUCAAACUCAAAGAUCUUGUGCAGGAGUCAAAUGCUACAGUGGAGGUACUGUUGGAUGAGAUAAGUAGGUUUGUAGAUAACAGUGACCCUACAGGACAAGUGUAUGCAGUAGACGGUUCAGACACAGCAUUAAUUAAAGAUCUGAAGAAAGUUAAAACAAAGAGGACAAUUCAGUUUCACGAAAGUGGCAAUGAUUGUAGACUUGGACGUUAUUGUUCUGUGAAUGUGACAACUAAAGGAGACCCAGUUGAUCUUCAGGCUGUGUCCUCACUACAGAAUGAAGUUUGCCUCUUCCCAAAGACAGUAUCACCUGAUCUGUGUAAAUGGAUUGCCGUAACUAUGGGCGAGUGUCGGAUGAAACAGAAGAAAAGUAGAUAAAUUUGUGUUUGGUAUUUAGUAAUAUGUUAAAGUAGCUGUGAAGUAGCUGUGUUCAUGUUUUUUGUGCUGGAGAGGGGCAGAGUAGUUUGUGUAGGUAUUUUUUUACAAUUUCAUUUAUUAGAAACUAUCUUUAGUCAGCAGAAAGAGGUGAAUUUAUAAAAAUAAAUGGCUGAAAGUAAUCACUUUUCUGGAUUGCAAAAUUUCUUAAUUUUAAUGAUAACAAAACUGUAUGUUGCAGAUAUCUCAUAAAUUUUGUGUUUCAUGUGUCAACAUAAAGCUCACUUUAUUUCCUAUAAAGAUAAAACAUUGUUUUAUGUUCACAAUUUAGGAAUAUGGUUAGUGGCCUAAGUUUAAAAUUUAGGGUGUUUUUUUUAGCUCAUCUGAACUUUGUUCAAGGUGAGCUAUUAGUAUAGGCGGAUGAUAUGUCAUGCAUCAACGUUUUUACUGACACAACUUCUCUGAAACUACUGGUCACAAUUACACCAUACUUGGCCAGUAACACAUUUGGCUUGGUUAAGCUUGGCCCCUUGAAUGGGCUGAAAUUUUUAAAAAAGAAAAAUCUUCUCGUGAUCCAUUUAUGGAUCUUCUUCGAACUUAGUAGUAUCCUAGUAAGGUCUCUGAAGUUUGUUUAAAUGAUUUUGCUGGACCCGGUUUAGUGGCCACCAGAGCCAAAAACGGAAACAACUUUAAGAAAAUUCUUCUCAUGAUGGGUCUUCACCGAACUUGGUCUGUAAAAUACUUGUAAGGUCCUCAGUUUUUUUUUCAAAUGGUUACACUAACUACGCCCCCUUAAGAGGCUGCCAGAGUUAAAAAAAGGAGAAAAAAACUUUAAAUAAACAGCUUUUCAUUAGCCACUUGGUGAAUCAUCACCAAACUUGUCUGUAGCAUUCGUGUAUGGACCUCUCCAAAUUUAUUUAUACAGUUCCAUGGCAGCACUGAGGGCCUGCCGCAGUUAAAAAUAAAAAGACUGAUAUAACUUAUUGGGCUGCUUAAUGGAUGUUCACCAAACUUAGCCGGAAGCAAGGUCUAAAGUAAAGGUCACAAUUCUCAGGUGAGUGACUUAGACCCAAUGGGCCUCCUGUUUAAGUUAUUGAAUAGAACAAAUGUAGUAUUUUCUCUAGUCCAAAAAUUUUUUUUGUCUGUUUAUAUGCGAACUGUGUUGUAAAGGUUGUUCAAGUUAUUGUCUGCAUAAUACUGUUAUUUGUUAUUGUUUUUAGCUCAUACAAGCAUUCGUGGUUUCCACAAAUACUGUGAUCACCCUUUGUCCAUGUUAGUAAUUGGUUCAACCACAUUUUUGGAGCAAUCUCAAGAAACUUGGACACUAUGAAUGCAGGUCUAAGAUCUGAAUCAAGUUUGACUGAAGUCAGGCUGAAGAAGUAGGCAGUCCUUACCAUACUGAUGCAAAAUUAGUAUACCUGUAACAACUUGAGCAACUGUAGAUCUAGUUGUGUAACUUUGAUUACUCUGAAAAUACCAUAUUUCACUGUUAAAUAAUAGCACAUUAAUUUCUAGCCAAUACCGAUGGUAUUAGAAUACUCAGUCUCAUUCAAGUUAUUAUGGACCAGAUGGUGUGAAGAUAUAUGUUUAUAAUUCAGCACCAUUUAAAGUCUGUGAUUCACCAACUUUUAAUCAUCUGCAGAGGGAAUAUAUAUUCGGAUGAAACCUGAGACAGGUUAUAUUAUACUUAUAUUUUUGAUUUAGCAAAAGUUGUCCCAUUUCAUGAUUUGAGCUGUGCCAUGAGAAAACCAACAUAGUGGGUUUGCGACCAGCAUGGAUCCAAUCAGCCUGCGCAUCCGCGCAGUCUGGUCAGGAUCCAUGCUGUUCGCUUUCAAAGCCUAUUGCAAUUAGAGAAACUGUUAGCGAACAGCAUGGAUCCUGACCAGACUGCGCGGAUGCGCAGGCUGGUCUGGAUCCAUGCUGGUCGCAAACCCACUAUGUUGGUUUUCCCAUGGCACGGCUCAUUUGUCCGGUGCUAGGACAUCAUUCCUUCACAUUUUGAAUCUGUAGGCCUACGUGAUUAGUGUGAGAAUAUUGCCCAGUUAUGAUUUAUAUAUUUGUGAAAUAAUAUCUGGAUGAUACCGGGUUUGUCUCUGUGAUCUUGUGUCCUUGUCUGCAAUAAUACUCUGGUGAGUGAUACAGGGCCAGCAUGGCCGUCCUAUUUUCUUAAAAUUUCUGUUACUAUUUAUCUAUUCUAUUGUUCAAUUUAUUGUUGCAAAAAAAGUUGUUUUUAAUGAAAAAUAAAAUGUUGUCAUUGAUCAAAAA